CACCAGCAACAUUGAACAGAAGGGAGCAUCCUCGUAGUCUCCGACUCUCCGUUCCGACAGCUCGCCGUUGUGCAUUAGAUUCCACACUGAAGCUACAAUCUUUACACAAUUCAAUAGCGAAAUUAGCGUAAUUUCUUCUACCCUUUUGGUUUUCUUCCAAAAUGUUACCUAUAAGCCUUAGCCUCUUACACUUGAGGCCCUCCCCAUUCUUCCGUCUCCCUUCCACCUCCCUCCGCUGCUGCGCCACCGGCGACAUUUCCUCCAGUCCUAUUUUUCCCAGGUGGUUCCAGUUCCCAACCAGCUCUGAGGUUUCUGGAGGUCUCCGAACAGGGAAGGAGUAUUCGGAGACUGCCGCCGGCAACUGCGGUGGCAACGUGAAGGUGAAGAAGUGGUUGAGAAACAGAGAGAAUUAUUUGGCUGAUGAUAGUGAUGCCCUUCCCCUCCCCAUGACUCAUCCUGACUCCUCUCCCGUUUCUCCGGAGGAAAUUGACAAGCGCCUGCAGUGUGAUCCCCAAGUUCAGGAAUGUAAGGAAGUGGUUUAUGAAUGGACUGGACAAUGCCAAAGUUGCCAUGGUUCUGGAUAUGUAAGCUAUUACAAUAAAAGAGGGGAAGAGAUGAUCUGCAAAUGUAUAGCUUGCGUUGGAGUAGGAAACUCCUCCAGUCCACAGGUACCUGGCAAAGCUCCAGCCAAAAGGGUGUCCAUGAGUGGCACAUUUAACUGCUAUUCAGUGGGUAUACAAACUUCAGUACUAAAGUUACCACAUCAUGAAUGUGUGUAUUUUGGCUGGACAUGAAUGGUUCAAAUAUAAAGCUAGAUUUUAAUUUUGAAUCUUUAGAACUCAGGUUGUCAGGUAUUAAAAGUUGGUUUAAGGAAGCCUAUGUUUGUGUGAGCUUGUCAUAAUGCUGAAAUUGGAAUUUAAUGCUCGGGAAUGUUAUAGAUAAUAGAUAUUUUCGAUGCACUAAACUAGUAGUGUAGGGAGAUACUGGCGUGUCCAUGUGCAAUUAAUUCUCAUAAAUGUUUUAGUCACACUUAUGCCAAAAUGGACUGAGAAUUUUUAAAUUGAAAGUUACUGCACAGAUAGGAUUUCCAAAUUUGUGUGGAGGUUAUGUUGCUGCAGCAUUUCCUAAGGGUCCAAGGUCAACUUGGGCAAGUUUUUGGAUAGGAAUCCCACUACCUCUGUUUCAAGGAAACAUCAUUGCAUGUCUGAGGAUAAGAUUUGUGCUAUGUCAGAUAGCCUAGCUGGAAUGUUAGGUUGUGGAUGAUGAUGAAUGUAUUAAGGGAAUAAUAAAGAUACCUUGAGCAGUUACUAUUGCCUUAAGGUGACUCACAUCCCUACUGUAGCUCUUUUAAAUCCCUCAAUGGAGAGGUAAAGCUGUCUUUUUUAACAAAUGGAUUCUCUUUCA